AUGAAUGGAAUGAAAGAAACUUAUGAAAAUCAAAUUUCUUUUACAAAGAUUAAUUCGGUUGGUAUGGAAAUUAUAUUAGAAUACAUUUAUACUGGAUCAGUUAAAGAAGAAACUUUAACAAAAGUUGAAGAUUUUUACGCUGCAAUUGCCAGAACUUCAAGCCUUAGAUAUUUUUUAUUUAUUACAAGUGAAAAAGAAACACCCUUCGCAACCCGAGAGUAUGAUGUUUUUCGGUAUAGUGCAAUUCUAGCAGCAAAAAAAGUCUCUGAUAAUACAUAUAGAGCUCUUGUGGAACGAUUGCCAACUUUGAAACAAAUAGAUUUGGAACAAAUAGAGAAUUCAAUCGAAUCAGGAAAUAAACUUCUUAUCGACCAUCAAAAAGUUACUAAAGAAUUGGAACCUUUAUUAAAUUUAAGUGAUUUUCGUGGAAAGCCUAUUAAUGAAUCUGGUUAUGUUUGGGAUGAGACACUGAGACAGCACGUGGUCCAAAACUUAUUAUUAAAGAUAACGGAAAAAUUGUACAAGCACCAAUUAAUUAGAACUUGUGAAUAUGCUUGUGUUGGAGUGUGUGCGUCAAAAAAUUUCAAUUACGAAGCCUUUGCAAGAUAUCAACCCAAUGGAUGGGUAUUAGGUUCUGGUGGUUAUUUCAAUGGUACGAAGUAUCGGGAAGUACCAGAAUGGUAUAUUUUACCAUCAAAACUUUAUCCAGAAGUAUCAUUAUGUUAUCCUGGCUCAUCAAAAAAAUUAGAAUGUUCGGUACAAAUAGUUAAUAUAUAG